AUGAAGUUGACAUUAGGUAUAAUAUUGUUUUCGGUAAGUGGCACGCUUGCUGUAAGCUAAAGUGAUUUAGGUAACAAGGUCCUUUAAUUGGUUUAAGUGACCAUCUUAUCAUUUCUCAAGGUUUUGACGAAAAACUUGUUUUCGUUAUGAUUUUAGCCAACAAGUUCAACUUUCCGAAAUUACAGCAAAAAAUCUUGUUGUUUUCUCAUCUUUAGGUAACAAACAACUAACUUUUUGUUUUUAGGCAACACUUGUGAACGGAGAUGUAUCAAGUCAAGACAGCAGGUAAAUAGAAACCUAAUAGCCAUAAACAAGGCCAUAAAUUAUCCGCUUGAAUUUAACCUUAUAAUUAACGUUUCAACACCUCGUAAUUCGAAGUAUUCAUUAUAAUAUCGUAAUAUUUUUACUUAAAUUUCCAUAAAAAUAGAAAAACUUACAUAUGUUGACGUUAUACCUCAUCAAAAUAGUAAACGGUCGUUCCAAAAAAGCUUUCAGUCUAGAUUAGUUGACAAUUAGCCAUUAGCCAAGGAAUUUAUCGAGGAAAACAAGAAAAACCAAAUAUCAACAAAUUAAUUUGACACUUCGUUACAAAGCUUUCAACGAGAAAAACAGAUUUUUGUCGAACAAUUUUGUGAAAUUACACAAUAAAUAAAGCAAACUGGAUAAUAAUAUUUAAAAUUACCGAAUUUCAGUGAAGAAAUCGAUAUCAGCGAUUCUAAUUAUGGCAACAUACCAACAUCGUUCAUCGACAAUGCCUUCAAUAACAGGCGGACCUUUCAAUGUCAGUUGGUGAAAGGAGCGUUAAGGUCAGGGGAUUCUGGAGCCAACAUCUCUCCUGAAGACAUUGAUAUUGUGGCAGCGAUGGGCGACGCGAUAUCGACCGGUAUUGGCUUGUGGGCAGGUAGUAACAUUGAAUUUAGAGGUGCUGCUUUUACUAUUGGUGGAGAUGCGACGAUCGAUGGGCUGGUAACCUUUCCGAGUAUGUGUUUUCAAUAUUUUUGAAGGUUUUAGUAAAAUUAGCUGUUAUAAAGUCUUUACAAGUUGGUUUCUUCAGAUAUUCUCCACCAAUUCAACCCAGUCCUUGAGGGUAUUUCUCAUGGAAUGGGAGCAGCUGACCAACUACCUCAGAACCAAUUCAAUGUAGCCUCAACUGGAGCAGAAACUGAUAAUCUGGAAAGUCAAUCGAUCGAACUGAUACAGCGACUUCAGCAAACUUACAGUAAUCUCGACGACAAGUGGGUAUUGGUGUUCAUUACAGUAGGAACGGAGGAGAUGUGCGCCAAGUGUGAUGUGCCAAAUAUGGUAAAGCUACGACAGAGUAUUAUCAGAUUGAAAAGGGCGAUUCCGAAGGUUUUGGUUGUUCUGAUUGGACCUGUUCAUGUGGCCAAGUCUUCGCAGUUGAAUUAUAAUUUACUCAAGUAAGUUCACAUUGUAAUCUCUGUUAAUAUACGUUUAUUUAGAUUUUUUUAAGGCUUAUAUAAUGAAUAUUUGUGAAAAGCUUACUUGAUGCAGUAAUUGCAUCGUUUUUAGACCAAGAUGUAAAUGUCUGGAGCCACUUUCUAACUCACAAUUGCGAGAACUUCAACAGCGAUGGGCUGAAGAGUUUUUACAUCUAGAGAUGGAGUUUACAGCGAGAAACUACAGUACUUUUACACUAUUGGCUUUACCUCAACUAAAGAUAGACUCAAGGAAGCCGGAGCAGUUGUUUGUACCUGGAAAACCGUUAUUGAAUAGGUAUUGUCAAUUUUUAUCAGUUUUACUUUUAUUGUAGCAAAAAGUUGUGAAGAAACUACUCUAUACUUUAUAGUUUCUUACUAUAAAUUUAUAUUAAGUAAUACAUUUAGAAUGUUUUUUUUAUCAGUUAACACGUCAAGUAUAGUAAAGUUAAAAUUUUAGGAAGGGUCAUACUUACGCGGCCAAAUGGCUUUGGAAUAGAAUGGUAGCUGGUCCCAAGUACAAUGCCUCUAAGGUACCACUAUCUGAAGAUUCUUAUUAUUGUCCUCCAGUUGUAAGUUGGCCUAUCGACUCUUAUUCUUAGUCUACUAGUACUAUAGUAAAAAUUUGAUAGUUGCCAUCUAGAUUAUUUUGAUUUGACAAUAUGAUGAUAAAUUAUUAUUUUGUAAUGCCGACUUUCUAUAAGUAAAUGUAGUUAUAAGUAAUUGACGCAAGUUUUAUAUAUAUCUUGUGUAACACCUACUAAUGUUAAUAUGUUUAAUGACAUUGUAGUAUUAAACUAACGUGGAAAUACCUAAAGAUACGAUUGUAGGGCUGUCCUUACUUCCGCACCCCUGCCAACUUUGAACAUUGUACUAUAAUGACGUUGGCAGAGUUUAACAGACGAGAGGAACAGAAGAAGGUGACAGCUACGGUAAUAUUGAGUGGGAUCGACGAUCGGCGUCGGACCAUCAGAGAACAUGUUGUGUUGUACAUUAUAGGACCAGUGGUACUGUCAGCGGCGGCUGUCAUCAUUCUGGGUACCAUCUUUUACUGUCACGGUAUGAAGCAGACAAAAGGAAGGUUCGAGAAUGCUCCUGGAGUAUGA